AAAUGGGCAAAGUUAAUAAUACAUCGAAACUGGAUAAGAAGAAGGAAGGACCGUUCAAAAAGUCGAAAAAAAUUCAAAAAGAAAAAUCAAGAUACGACCAUAAUGUCUCAGCAUAACAUCGAAGCAACUGUACGCAGUUGGAUUUUUCAAGGUUAAGUAGUCUGCUCCUCCGAACUGAGAGAAGUAACGCUAUACAAACAAUCCAAUAACAUAUUUUACUUUGAUAUCUCUGACGCUACUGGCACCAUUCGCUGCGUUUCCAAAAACAAAACUGCAGAAUCAUGAUUUAAACUUAGCAAGGUACUGACAACACAUGCAUCUCACACCAUCGUCCCAAACCAUUAUCGAGGAAUUAGAGGUAGACGAGGAAGAAGCAGAUAACAUGAAAGAUCGUAUGAAAGUAACAAAUUUCAAUGAUAUAGACGACGUAUUGCUUACAUCAGCCAUCAACGUUGUCGCAAUAAUUAAAAAAGUUGAAGACGUCAGCGAUGUACAGAUGAAAGAUGGCAAAAUUAUACAAAAACGUAACGUCUUGCUCAUAGACGAUCUUAAAAAUAAGAUUUUAUUAACAUGUUGGGGCGAUCUAGCACAAAAUCUGAAUUGGCGAGCACGGGAAAUUGUCACCUUAAGGGGGGGGGGGGGGGANGGGGGGG